AUGCUCACCGUGGCCUCUCAAUCCUCGCCCAGAUCCACCUCAACCUUCCCUCAAUCCACAGAUACAACCUUCAAUCCCGCCCUUCGUAUCCCCGUUGCAGGUCUGACCCCGACUCAGGCUGCGCAUGAAUCCCAUGUUGAGGCAACAGUUGCUCUCGUAUGGCCAUACUCAAACUCCACCGCGACUUUCGCUCUAUUGCUGGUCGACCAUGCCUCUCGUGGCCAAGUCAAAGUCAUCUUUCGCAAUGGCGCUGCAAGACAAGUAGCAAAUACCAAAGUCGGCAUUGGGGAUAAGAUACAACUCGCCUUACUUGGCUGUGAUUGGAAAGAUACAGUAGAUACCAUCUCUACUCCAGGAAAGAGGCUCGAGUGGGAUCUGCAAUACGAUUCUCGUGUAUUCCUCCAAGUCCACCUACAGGGCCAAGAUAUCGUUGCGAUAGACUAUACAGCUUCUGCUUCAGACCACCCCUACCAGUCUGUAAACUCCAACACCUCAUCCUCACUAAAUGGCUUCAUUCAGCGAAACCCGAGUACCAUCCAAGUCCCCUACUUGACGCCUUCCAAAUCUACUAGAACAUCCUUGGGUGGGACCUUUUUCGAUACUUCGAUUGCUUCUUUAGCUGAUGAUGAUGAUGAUGAUGGCUAUAUUGCGGGACGAGGUCGGAAACGCACCAAAUUUGCGAGACACAGUGGUGCUUGGAAUCUAGUGAAUGAUGAUGAAGACUCUCUAUUACAGAGCGAUGCGCCGCAACCCACCGAAGAGCAACAAGGGAUCCUGGAGUCAAGCGCUCCGCCCAACGAAAUAGCAGAAGUCGUUCCUCCUACACGGCAGCCACCAGAGAUCGAAGAGAUUCAUGAGCCCGAUUCAGCCUUGCUCACAACAACUGAAGUUGGAGAGGCUCCGGCGUAUGGCGAAGUUCAGACUACUCCAGAAACACCGCUUGCGCCGGUCACCUCGGACGCGCAAGCCGAGUCGGAUGGUGAGCCAACAAGCGUUGCCUUGACCACUGAGCAGGAUCAUACUCCCCCUAUUCUUUCAACCCCAAAUCCUGAAGGUAACGCUUCGCAGAAUGGGACAACAUUCAUGGGCCCUCCAGCAACCCCAUUCAAAAAGCUUCGCCUUCCACACUUCACGGAUGUGGAGAUAUCCGAUCCUACCGAGGGCGAUGUUGAUCGAGCAACAACGCCUCGAAUCCUUCCCCUUGCUUCACCCGGAUUGCCUCUAGUCUCUCCACUGAUUCACCGAAGCGGAGUUGAAGUCGGAUACUUUCCCGUUUACCAGGAUAGCCGUUCUCAAUUAGAUGCCUCUGGUGUUGACAUUCCAGAUAAACCAGAAAACGAAUCACAUUUGGAAGACUCUGACAAGGAAUCAACGACUUCUGAUGACUCCCUCGUCGUUGUCGAGGAACGCGCGUCUGAGUCGUGGGAGCCAAUAGUGAGGGAGCAGAAUGACCUGCCCUCCUCGUCUGAGCCACCUGUAGCGUUCGGUGGCAUUUCCCAAUUGAGUGGCACACAAGACGCUACUCCGACGGAGAUGUCUCUACUGCCUGAUCAAUGGCUGUCCACUCUAGAAGCCAGCAUCGCGCAGGAAUUAUCCAACAAUUCCCCAUCUCCGCCCAUUGAUGUUGAGCUGGACCAGAUCUUUCCAACGAACGAUAUCCGUUUUGAUACUCAAAAUAGUCUCCCGACCGAGAACGCACUCAACAGACAUGACACUGAUAUCGCGGUCGUGGAAAGCGAAGACUUGUAUGGCGCCCCUGAAGAGGAAAUCGCAAAAAUUCCGUGGACCCACGAUCAAACCCGAGGAAUGGAGGACAACACAGGUACACAAGCAGAAAACAAUCUCCCUGAGAUUUCGUCUCCGAACCAGUUGACCACCAUGUUUCCCACUGAAACUGUGGAACACUUCUUGUACCCCAUCCCAGCGGUUGAAGCUUCAAAUCACCCUUUCGCCGAUCUUGCUUCGGAAGCUCUUGCCUUGGAGUCAAAAGAGGAGUCUAAAUACCAAGACGAGGAAAGCGCAUUGCUUCACACUCUUGAUGGCAACAUUGAUUUGCAAGAGGAUAUCGAUCAGGCCGAUAUGAGGAUCGGGCUUCACACAGAAACCAGAGCCGUUAGUCAGUUGGACGUCUCUGGAACCGUGGACGUGGAGGAACAACCCCAAAAACUUGUUGAAACUUCAGGAAUACCUGCAGAUACCCGAUUUGCUAACACUCUGCAUGCUGGAAAUAUCAAUAUUGCCCCCACAGACCUUGCACAGCAGUCUUCACCUUCCCCUGUGCAGCCAUCUGAGGCCCAAUUUCGGGCAGGUGCCGACGUCACUCAGUUGCCAACCCCAGACCAAACCCAGAAAGAAAAUUUUGAUCGAGAACAUUUACCUGAUAAUGAGCACGUGCCGCCCCAGGAUCAUCUGGCUCUACCUUCACCCCAGCCGACUCAAGAUAUGCGUGUAAUCGUCAACCUAGAAAACGAGAAAGACGAAGCACAGCCCUCUAUAUCAUCACCAGAAAUCCUCCAUCAUACGAUCCAGCCUGAAGACACAAAGGCUACAGGCCUAAGGUCGUCACAGAGAUUAUCCCACAAGAAGCCAGCCAUGUUAAAGAGUAUAUCCAGCCCUUAUUUUACUCCAAGGAGGUCUACUCGAUUCUCAACUUCUCCAGCACGUGAAGAGAAUGUUCCUCUGUCGAGUCCAUCCAAUAACAAAUUUCCAUCUUCACCAUACCAAAACGAGGAAUAUCAGGAGGAAGCCACAUUUGAGGGCAACCACACCCUCAAGUCCCCUCGCCUUCCCACUGGGGAGCCCCUGUCACCGCAUAUGAAUGGACUUCUCACCCCAGUGGGUUAUUAUACUCGGCUCUCUUCGCUUCAUGAGCACUUUGGACAUCUCCUGGACGUCAUUGCUGUUUGUUCGACUUCGUCUACCAAAGCAGAACGUGCAAAGGCAGGACCAAAAGACUAUCAUACGAGCCUGCAUGUCAUCGAUCCUUCGUGCGCUACAGAUCGAAUUCCCAACGUCCUUACGCAAGUCUUUCGUCCUGUGAAGACGGCUCUUCCUGUUGCUAGAGCUGGCGAUAUUGUCAUCUUGCGUAAUUUCAAAGUCCAUACUGUGAAAAGAAAAUUCGCACUAUUGAGUGGUGACAGCUCCUCAUGGUCGGUGAUAUCAUUCAAAGCCAAGUCGGAUGAAUUUGAUGUGGCCACUUCUGGUCCUCCAUUGGAACGAGGUUCAACAGAAGUGGAAUAUGCUUCGUCACUCUGGCAUUGGUGGGAAGACAAACAAGAGGCCAAUCCUGUGGAGAGGACGGAGAAUGUCUCCUAUGAUGACCGCAGUGCUAGAGCAUCUUCUGACGGUCCAGCAACGAGGACUAGACUCCGAGUUAAAAGCUCACCCGUCCAAGUUAGUAAAACUUUUCCAAGAGACGCGGAUGAGAGCACUCCUCCAGGAGAUAGUACGGAGGUAUUGGGUGAGCAACAACCAAACACCGAUUAUGGUAACGAAAGCCGGGAAACAGGGCGGCUUCAAGGGUCGACAGUGUCACCAUCUCGGCCAAAGAAACCACUUCCUGCCGCGAGAAGGAGACGCAGAAACAGGACAGACAAUAUUGGCAAUGAAGGAGACGAGGAACAAGUGUUUGAGUACAGUGAUUUGGAGAGCCCAAGAUCACCAGUAGCCGAUCGACAGAGCAAAAGACGAGAGUCGACUACUUCCACAACCAUUUCUGUCCUAACACAAAAUCAAGGUAGCGAAUUCACUCCACGCCGCAGCGCUAGGAUUGGACGAUCGCCCAGCGUUGUCCAUGAAUUGCGAGAUGGAAAGAAGUACAUGGACGAACCAAGUGGAGAUGGUGGUGAUAACCUUAUCCAUGACAGAGAGCUCACUCCUCGUCAGAGCACUGGGCAUGAACGAUCACCUAGUGUUGUCCAUGAGUUGCGAGAUGGGACCCAAUAUGUCGAUGAUCCAAGUGGAAAUGGUGAUGAUAGCCUCAUUCGCGAUGGGGAGGUCACCCCACGCCGCAGCGCUAGGAAUGCGCGAUCACCUAGCGUUGUCCAUGAAUUGCGGGAUGGGACCAAAUAUGUGGACGAUCCAAGCGGAGAUGGCGAUGAUAGCCUGAUCCACGAGUUAAGAGACGGCGUCACUUACAUCGACGAGUAA